AUGACUAUUUCACACGAGAAGGAGACUCAGCAAUUUGUUGAAGAUGUCUUGCGUACGGAUACAAACACCGACCCCAAGACACAGCACGUGCCGCUCUGGCAGUCUGUGAAGAAGUGGCCCAGAGUUAUCGCUUAUUGUCUAAUUUUGAGCUCUGCUAUCCUUCUCUACGGAUAUGAUCUGGUUAUCGUUGGUUCCGUCUCCGCCAUGCCUUCAUUUCAACAACACUUCGGCGAGAAGUUCGGAAAAAGAUUUAUUAUCCCUUCAAUGUGGCUCUCCCUUUGGAACGUCGCUAGUCCGAUAGGCAUGAUGCUCGGGUCUAUAAUCGGCGGUCAGUUACAAGAUCGUGGUGGACGACGAAUUUCUCUAGCAACGGGCGCCUUCCUCUCGGCAAUUGCGGUCGCUAUUUGUUAUGUUGCCGAUCUCCCAGACGAAAUAACUGCGCGAAGAGGCGUAUUCUUCGUCGGCAAAUUCUUUCAAGGAGUUUGUCUCGGUAUACUUUUGUGCGUGGUGCAGACCUACAUGUCUGAAGUCCUGCCCGUCCUACUACGAGGUCCGAUUAUCGCCUUUUUGCCAAUCUUCACUCUUCUCGGACAGCUCAUUGGAUCUGUCGUCGUAUAUACCUCUUUAAAAUAUCCUGGCGCACAAAGUUAUCGCAUUCCUUUCGCGUCACAAUGGCCAUUUUCAGCGGUUACUUUUGUACUCGCUGCUAUUAUUCCAGAAAGCCCGAUAUGGUUGUUGAGAAGAGGGAGUUUGAAUAAGGCUUUGAAGGCACAAAAGCGAUUGGAAAGUCCUGGUGUUGACUCUGAGGCUAUUAUUGAAGACCUGCGGGUUUCCAUCCUGGCGGAGGAAGAGACGAGAGCCACUAGCACGUAUGCGGAUUGCUUCAGGGGAGUCAACUUGCGCAGAACCUUGGUGGUGGCAUUGGCAAACUGUCUACCCCAACUCUUCGGCCUUCAACUAUUGGCAAAUGCUUCCUAUUUCGCACAAAUCGUCGGCAUGGCAUCAGCUAACAGUCUGAUUUUCCUUAUCCUUGGCAUCGGUCUUGGUCUGAUUGCAAACAUCGGCAGUCUAUGGGUACUGAAUGCGUUCGGUAGACGUUUUCUGGUGCUUGUAACUCUAUCGAUAACACUCGUUCUUUGGUUAGCAAUGGGCAUAGCCGGGUGUUUUGACGGAGUCGUCACAAUUUGGUACGCCUCAGUGACAAUGAUGAUUGUGACCAUGAUUUGCGGUCUGGGUAUUUGGCCUGCUUCCCAUGUCAUCGCCGCCGAAACUUCCUCACUGCAGCUUCGUGCCAAGACCCAGGGCAUUGGCUGGUUUGUGAGCGGUGUCGCUCAAGGUGUCUUCUCCAUCAGUCUGCCAUAUAUUUACAACCUGGAUGCGGGUAAUCUCAAGGCUAAGACUGGAUUUGUUAUGGCUGGGUUUGCCGCAAUUGCCAUAGUUGCAACUUGGAUUUGGGUGCCAGAGAUGAAGGGCCGAUCCCCUAUGGAGAUUGAUCGGAUGUUUUCGUUGAGUCUCAAGACCCGUGAUUUCAAGAACUGGAGAAGCGAUGUGGUAAUGGAGAAGCACAUUGAUCCACCAAGGCAGUCAACCGGGGUGUGA